GAGUCACCUGAUACUUCCUUCAUCAAACUUUCACACAAGUCUUACGAUGGGAAGUGCGUGUACAAAGCCAAAUUCAAAAUUCAUAAUCCCGUUGGAGAAUGAUGCCGACGAGGUGAGAAUUGUAGCCGUUGAAGAUGGUUAUCCUGAUCCUAGACUUGUUUAUAGUAUGACAGACAGGAGAAUAACAAGAGGAGCUACAAUGUUUGCUGAUUGGAAUCCUAACGCAGGUAGUGAAAACGCCGACAAGCAUCACGUGUUGCCAAUGACUAAAGCGGAACUAGACAAACAUGCUAGAAAGACUCCAAAAUCAGCACUUGACAGCUUUGAUGACUUAAUUGCUUACUUAGAAAAGCCGUUACAGGGCAAAGUAUCAAGGGAUGAGGCGAUGGUUAGAGCUCUUCUUGUUUGGUUAAGUAAUCAGAAGAUCGAGGGUUUUAAAUCAAAGAAAGGUAGAACAGACACUCCUAGAGGAUUCCUUAGUCUUCUUGGGCAAGACCGGACUACACAUUCUACAUUUUUUACAAUACUUUGCAGGAAAGCGUAUAUUAAGUGUGCACAAAUACACGGUGUGUGUAAGGCGGGAGAUUAUCAACCGGGAGACAGGGACAACAGGCGAAAUCAAUGGAAUGCAGUUUAUCUAUACGACUCAUGGCAUAUGAUACAUCCAUUUUGGGUUUGUCGGGCAGUGUUUGGAAAAGAAGAUGGGGGUUGGAUUAAAUUGGAAAAAGGUGGAAAAUCCGUCGGAAAACGACAGAAAGCAGAUCCUGGGGUGGUGCAGAAUGCCUUUCAAGAACAUUAUAUCAUGCCAGACCCUAACCAUUUUCUUUAUGAAUGCCACCCGGAUGAUAAAAAGUGGCAGCUGGUGCUGAAGCCAAUUACAAGAGAACAAUUUUUUGACCAAGCUUAUUUACUACCUCCGUUCUGGGAAUUAGGUAUGAAACUGUUAAGUGUAAAUGCAUGCGCCCUUAAAACCACAGGAAGUGCAACAACUAUUACAUUUCAAGCCCCAAAAGUCACAGCAAACGAAUUGAGUAUGGAUUAUGAUUUCUUACUAAAAGAGGGAAGUUCAAGUGUGGAUGAAGAAAACAAAAUGCUGAAAGCAGAAAACAUGCCACGGUUGGUUGCGAAAAUAAGAAACGGUUCCGAAUGGAAUUUCCAUAUUCAAUUUCCAGUAGAAGGAAUUUAUAAAAUAGUUAUUUAUGGAGCUCCUGAAAAUCAGCAUGUGAUGCGAUUAUGUGAAUUUCAAAUAACUUGCACCGAAAAAUCAAAAGACUGUCGAUUGACACCGUUUAAUCCUGGCAUUUUAGGAUUUGGUCCAGGUCUGACAUGUGAAAAAGCCGGACUGCUCCUUCCAUCUCACCAAAAUGGUCUUGUAACAACAGAAAAAAGCAAACCUAUAAGAAUGAGUUUUCUCCUAGAUAGUGAGGUUUCUAAAUCACUGAAAGUUAAAACGGAAUUAGUUGAUGCAGAUUCAGAAGGAUUGCUGUUACAACAAAGUGACGUUACAACUAUAAUUGAAAAAACAGAACUUAAAAUAAUCACAACAGUUGUAAGAGAAGGAGAUUAUGGACUGAAGAUUUUUACAGGAAGUAGUACUAGUAGUAUGAGUGUUGUUUGUAACUACUUCAUAACUACAUCUUAUAAAUUCACCUAUGAGAAGACAAACAAGCGUCUGGCUAGACAAAAUCUGUUGUCAUGUAUCGAAAAUGGUAAAUUCUCAGAAAUAGAGAAAAUAGAACAAGGAAUUAGCAGGUGUAUAAAGGAGAAAAUCCCAGAAACAGACUCUGAUAUUGAAAACGCUCAUAGGAAAGUCCAAGUUUUAAAGAUUAAAAAAGAUAUCCAUGAUGCUUAUAUGAGAAGACAUUUAUUAACAACUGAGACGACUAUUCUCAAGAUACAACAGUCACAAUAUAUCAGGAUAUUUACAGAAAGUGUUCAACAUUUGGAAGAAUAUGCUAUUCAACUAAGAAAUCUGGAGGGAUUUACACAAGAGUUACCGGAUAUCCUCGCUGCUGUUGGUGAAUUUAAUCAUGCGCAUGUUACAAAUGAAAUGGUGGUUAAUACAUUGGUUGCCUUAUCGGUUUUGUUUGGGGACACACAAAAACCAAUUGAGAAAAUAGAUGAUAUACCAGCCCUCGCACGUGAUACAAAGCAUAAAAUUCAACUUAAAAAAGAUACUGUUGCGUCAUCGUUAACAAUAGAAGAUGCUAGGCAUGCGCAAGUCGUCAUUGAGAAGUACUCAUACAAACAAACGAGGAAUGUGAAUGUCGCAGCUGCAUCCAUUCAUAGAUGGGUUACUGAUGUCACAUCUACAUUGAUCAGUGGGAGAUCGGAAGGAGAUGUAUAGUGGUUCCAAAAUCAAAGAGACAAUAUUAUGUUAAUAAAUAGAAGUUUACGCUACAUUUGUUUCAGUAAAAACUUAUGGCCAAUUUUUCCCAUUAAUUGCUUCACUCAUACUGGUGGAAUAAUGUAGCUUGUUAAAUUAACAUAUUGAAGUCUACAUACUAAACACUGACAUCAAAAUCUGAUGUUUAAUUGUUAUAACAACAAAAGAAGUAGAAUUUUAAAAUUGUAA